AUGAUACUUUGGGCCCUAGUCUUUACUAUUCUGGUAGUUUACAAAUCUCUAGCUAAAGAAGUUUUUACAAUCCGUGUCGAACAGCCAACAGAAACAACAUAUGAACAACUCAUACGUUCUGUUAGUUUAUCGGUUCAGUGUCCUUGCGCACGUUUAUUCUUCACAUAUGAUGCCUUCGUACAAUUAGAAGCUCAAAUGCAUCAGAUUUGCACGAGUCAAUUCAUAGACGGUCCAUGGAUAGAGAGUAUAUUUGGCGAUGGUAAUUGGUCGCAUAUACCAACAAAUGAAUUUCGUAGUCGUGGUGUUGCUUAUUUUCUCGUCCAGCAAUCUCUUUGCACUUUAGCUCAACUUACAGUUAACAGCACCAUUCUGUUCUUACGUAGUAAAUAUAUAUUCAAUGGUCAAGUCAUUCCAAAAGAGCAAUUACUUUUGCAAAUCAAAACUGACAUUGAUACUACAAUAGAUUGGAACAUCCUUACAUUUGUUGCAAUAUUUCGCCUUGGCAGAGAAAUUAUUCAGAAAAACCAGUUGAUAAAUGUCUUCUCUUUAAACUGGGUAUAUUCGCUUGAAGGGAACAACCAAGUACCGUAUUAUCGCAUUCCGACUCGGCCAAUAUCUCAUGGACCCAACUGCUCCUGUGCAACAUCGUCAGCAUGCACGGAACCAGUUUUUAUUGGUAAUGAGAUAGUACCUGGCUUUACUCUGGGUUGUUCUCCAAUGGAAUCGCUUCUUCGAUCUACACUCACUUGUCUCUAUAAUCAGACAUGUUUAAAUUUGAUCAACAUUAGGAAUUUAUCAUUCAUUCAUCCACUUGAUGCUUCAUUACCGAGUCGAUUUAUGUUGAACAGUACAGUUGAAAACUUGACUGCAAAUGCAUUUGUGGAACAAUGGUUAUACAACAUAUCUUAUUCGACAUUUUACUCUACAUGUCAACCAUCGAUAUGCACUUAUUCGGUGUCUAAACGAAAAGAUCUGCUUGAAGUCAUUACAAUUAUAUUGGGACUUUACAGUGGGCUGACAUUAAUUCUUCGUUUAAUUGCUCCUUUACUCAUAUCAGCUUCUAAUCUAGUAUCCGUUUUAGUUUGGCGACGUAAUAACAUCGUAGUUCCAUUUACUUAA